UAAAGAUUACGUGCUCCUUCUACAUAUACUUUUCCAUUUAACUCCAAGACAUGGCUAUUCUGGAUCAUCACCACCCAUGGCUCUUUGUGUUUGGAGUCUUAGGAAACAUCAUAUCCCUCUUAGUAUUUCUCGCACCACUGUCAACAUUCAUCCGAAUAUGGAAAGCGAAAUCAACGAUGGGGUUUCAUUCGGUGCCAUAUAUUGUAGCACUUUUUUCCUCCAUGCUUUGGAUAUACUAUGCUUAUAUCAAGAAGAAUGCAAUCCUUCUCAUCUCCAUCAAUUCUUUGGGAAUUCUCAUUGAGACCAUUUAUGUCCUCCUUUUCCUUAUCUUCGCCUCAAAGAAAGCCAGGCGGCAUACGUUGACGGAGUUGUUCGUGUCCAUCGGAGGGUUCGCCUUGAUUUUUGUGGUCUCGUGGUUUUCGUUCUCCGGCGAAGUUCGGAUUAGCUUGGUUGGCUGGAUUUGUGUUUCCGUUUCUACGGCGGUUUUUGCUGCACCCCUUAGCGUUGUGUUUCAAGUAAUUCGAACCAAGAGUGUAGAAUUCUUGCCUUUCUACUUGUCUUUCUUCCUCACGACGAGUGCAAUUAUGUGGUUCGGUUAUGGUGUAAUGAUGAAGGACUUGCGCAUUGCGUUGCCAAAUAUUUUGGGAUUCUUCUUGGGAUUGCUCCAAAUUUUGUUGUACCUGGUGUACCGAAAAGCAAAGCCUGCUAUAGUCAUCGAGGAGGAGGAGCCCAAAAAAAUGUCGCAAGACCACGUGGUGGUGGGCAUUGAAUUGCAACAAGACACAACGUCUAGUCAGACAAUUCACCCUGUGGAUUCAGACACGUGUUCCAAUAGCAGUGUUACAAGCAAGUGAGAGAGAGAGCAUGUGAAAAAACAAACAAACAAACACGGUUUUUUGGGAAGGCUUCUCAUAAGCCGCUGCUAUUCUGACACUUGGCAGCAAAUAAAUGGACGAUAGGUUCGGGUCCGGAUCCAGAUUAGAAGAGAUGCUCAGAUGUAUGUGUAGCGUUUCUGUUAGAAUUAUGUAUGGUUUCAUACCUUAAUUAUGUUCUGAAAUACCAGUUUUUUAUUAAUUGUAGAACCCGACAUCUGGAUCGGUUGUAGUAAUAAGUACCGGAUAGUACGAUGUGAGAGAUAAUCACGGGUAACUCGAAAGGGAAUAUUAUUGAUCUCCCUUCAAGUUUAGCCCACAUAUUGAAAAUAUGUCUUUUUUAAUACUGUUUUGGUGUCUUGUUAGUUGUGGAACUCUUUCUGCAUUGUAAUUUACUAAUUUUUACUUUGAACACUCUUAGUUCUUACAUGAAAUAAGAUUAUUUAUCUAUAGU